GUGAGAAUAAUCCCACGAAUAUUUCGAGCAUGUGAAAUGAUUGAGGCAACGGUAAUAGCACGAAAUAAAUAAAAAAUACGGGAUUUCAAUAAAGUGACCAAAGUGAGCAUAUUCCUAUACUCGUAAUAGCCAAGUUUGGUAAGUUUUCUAGGCCCUAUUUGAUAAUCUCAUAAACCUAAAAAAUUGCCACAUUGUGUUUCGAUAUUGUAACUAAACUAAAAAUACAUCAAAGUGAUUGGAUUCAAAUGCCUAUUUCUCUUAAUAAGAAGUUAGCAAGUAGGUAUACACGGAAAGUUCUUGUUUGAUAAGAGUUGUUUUGUAAGUAUUUUCAUGUGUAUCGCGAAUAAAGUUUACAGUGGUUAUACCCAAAAAGCGACAUGAACGAGUAGAAAUUAAAUAAAAUGGAACGAAACAUUUUCCACACAAAAUUGUUGCGAUAGCCGGUCAAACAAGUUAGUCAGUAGCAAAUGUCGCGAAAUUCAAAUUUUCUAUAGGGCGAUUACCCUUCGCGCCUGCAAUUUUGAAAUUUCUACUAUUUUAUAUCGCACUGCCCGCAAGCGCGGUCGUAGUCGUAGCGACGUUUAUCGAUCUAACAUCCAAAGAGUAUUAAAUCACUACGUUUUACUAACAUCGAUACUUGAAUAAAAUAUACUCUAUUUAACUUAUAAGUUAGAUUUUUCAAAUAAGCUUGGGUUUUGUGUAACUAAGUGAAUAUAUUUUCAAAUAUUAACUAGCUUUAAGAAUUCUCUAAUACGACCGGCACGCUUUGCUCUAACUAUAGUCGGUCUUCUUAAGCAUUAUUUCUAGUGUAAGCAAACCCUAACUUAAACAUCAUGUCAUCGCCCGAAACGAGUUCCCGCGCGAGCCCUAAGAGGCGCCCGCCGCCUCCGCCGGUGCCCUCGGGGUCUCCGGUGCACCACCCGCGCUCCUUCAAGCUCCGCUUCGCGGCCCAACACGUGCCGGGACACUCUUACCAGUCAGCUGUUCGCCCGCUCAAACUACCGGCUCUGGUGACAGACAAGUUUUGGCGUCGCGUAGGCCGCGAGGAAACCGUGGAAGCGGAGUCUGAAGAGCGGGCUCUGAACAAAGUGCGAGACAUGUUCGAGCUGGGGCCGAGGGAGAAAUACGCCAGGCCUGUGCAGUCCUCGCACGAGUACGGAUGGUGGGAGGCGUACGCCCCUCAGAUCUGGGCGGCGCCUCGGAAUGACCGGCGGUUACAUCAUGGCCUGAGGGACUCCGCGUGGCUCAAGCUACGCGCUCGGGAGCUGGUGGAGCCACCACAAAAGCAACGAUAA